ACAUUUCUCUGAUCGUCCCCCCAACCAUCAAACCAAACUAAAUGAAAGAUUCAGUAUAAAAUUCAAUUAGAAACUGUUAUUCUUGCUAAUUAACAAAUAUAACAAUGGCGUCGACAUCUAAAGACAGUGCGCCGGCCACAAGUGAUGUUCAGGCGAACAUAGGCAGUGAUUUGGAGCCAGGGGCUUGUCCAGAAAGCAUACUAAAUCCUACAGAUUCUUUUGAAGAAUUUGCAUCAGAGAUGAGCUCGAGUCUUCAAGAAAGGAAUGAUUCCUUGACUGUAAAGAGUAGUACUAUAUGUGAGAUUCAGAGUGAGAUUGGAGAGAGUUCGAAAGAAGCGCAAAUGAAGAGUACCAAGUCUAGUGAUGAUUUGCAGAGUAAAGAUGAAUCCAUAUCAUCGUCAGCUAGCAACCCGAACUUGGUGGAAGAGAACGGCGAUGUGGAAAAUGAGCAAGAUGAUUAUUUGAAGUCUCCGGAGCUGGUUAAUAAAGAGAAACAUGUGUUUAUAUUGAGUUCUGCCGGCAAACCUAUAUACUCUAGAUACGGAAAUGAGGACAAACUAGCCGGUCUCUGCGGAGUGAUCCAAGCUCUAGUCAGUGUGGUAGAAGACCACAACCAAGAUAUCCUGCGAUCCAUCAACACUAAGGACUGCAAAGCUGUGUUCCUAGUCAAGGGACCUUUGAUUCUGGUUGCGGUGUCGAAGAGUAAUGAGAGCGAAACACAACUAGUUUUACAGUUGACAUAUGCCUUCAACCAAAUAGUGUCGGUUCUAACGCUCACCCAACUGAACAAAAUCUUCGAGCAGCGGCGCAACUAUGAUCUGAGGAGGUUGCUGUCAGGCGCGGAGAGGCUUAUAGACCACCUUCUUAUAUUCAUGGAAAAGGAUCCAGCGUUUUUACUAGGUGCCGUCCGCUGCCUGCCGCUUCCAGAAAAAUCCAGAGAAUCCAUAACAAACGCUAUAAUAUCAGCAUGCCACAAAAUAAGGGACCUAGUGUUCGCAAUACUCAUCGCAGGCAACCAGCUGAUAACUUUAGUGAGAAUGAAGAAAUACACAUUACACCCGUCGGAUAUACACUUGUUGUUUAAUCUGGUCAGGAGUUCCGAGUCGUUUAAAACUGCGGAGAGUUGGACGCCGAUCUGUUUACCCAAGUUUGAUGCUACUGGUUUCCUCCACGGUCACGUUUCCUACAUCUCCGAAGACUGUCAAGCAUGCCUUCUCCUUCUAACAGUACAGCGAGACGCGUUCUACCCUCUCUCUCAGGCAAAACAUACUAUAUCGGAGAAAUUACGGCAGAAUAAGUGUUUGUCCGCUAUCAAUGACGCUUUGAACAGGCACCCAGACUUACCAACCACAGAUCCGUUGAAACACAUAGGGAUACCAGAGAUCAGGCAUUUCAUGUACAAGUGUAAGUCUACGGCGCAGCUGUUCACUUCGGACCCUAUAUCUAUAGACCGGUUGCAGGACUACCGACUGCGGCACAAAGAAGGCGGUGACGUAGUAAAAGAGAGGAGAUUAACCAAAAUGUCAGAAAUAGACUACGUGAGGAACUACAGGAAAUUCUGCAGUCAUAUACAUUGCACUUCUACACCUGCCAAGCUGAUCUUUAGGUCCAAUUCGCAAGAUACUAUACUUGCUUGGAUAACAAACGGCUUCGAGCUAUACGUAACCUUUGACCCAUUAAUGGACAAAGACCAAGCUAUAAAGGCAGUGGACCGCCUCCUCCGCUGGAUCAAGCGGGAGGAACAGAGGAUCUUCAUCAUGAACGCGCCGACCUUUUAGCCCGCUCCCUUCAGGGUCAGGAACCCUUUCGUGAGGUACAGUGUGGAAGAGAGGAGUGAUGUUAUAGAGACUCUUUAAAGGUGGUCCUGGAGGAAAAUGUCUUGUGUAUAUAAAGACUCGGAUUGUUAUACUGGUGUCUCUUAUAAAACAGUGUUUUUUUGUUAUUAUCAGAUGUUUCAUAACAUUGAAGUGGAAAGGCAAGAACCAAAAACUAGGUUUUAGGCAUUGUCAAAAACCAAGAACUAGGUUUUUGGCAUUGUCAAAAACCAAGAACUAGGUUUUUGGCAUUGUCAGAUUUCGUAUGAAUCUAGAAGAAUUCUAGAAUGUUCCAUUAGUGUCUUUUAUAAAAUAGUGUUUUUAAAUACUACAGAAACUGUUAAAUCAGAGAUAUUUCAUGGGUUACCUUAAAAUUUGAGGGGGAAAAUCAAAAACUAUAUUUAUAGCAAUGUUAGUCAUUUGAUCUUCUGAGCAUAUUCAAUGAAUUUUGGUUGUUUUAGAAAACGUCACUCCAUAGCGUAAACAUUACAGAAAAAUUCUGUAUUUUUUUUAUUUUUGUGACUGUUGGGAGCUGUUAAUUUCUCCAUACAGUGAACAUUAUUUCUCGUAACGUGUUCUAAAACACCAAAUCUCAUGGUUUAGGCACUGGAAGCCACGAAGGCAGUAGACCGCCUCCUUCGCUGGAUCAAGCGGGAGGAACAGAGGAUCUUCAUCAUGAACGCGCCGACCUUUUAACCCGCUCCCUUCAGGGUCAGGAACCCUUUCGUGAGGUACAGUGUUGAAAAGAAGACUAAUGAAGUAUUGGAGACUUUAUAAAAUUGUGUUUUUCCUGGCCAUUUCAUAGCCACAGACUAGCCGAAGCGAAAACGUUGCAUACGACGGAGUUCGCCGAGAAGGUCCGUUCAACCUUGAUUUGAAGGGUUGUACGAGAUAUGAAAUAUAGACGCCGCCGGCAAGGAAUUUCACUCCUUGAUUAUAAACUCGUAAAUACUAAAAUUCGUGUGUGUAUAAGAAAGUCUAGGAUUGUUCCAGUAGUGUUUCU